AUGACCAGCAGCGACGCGAUCCCAGAAAGCACACUCCCGUAUCCGCCGGUGUACAAAGACAAGCGCUUUGUCGUUCUCUCUGAUUGGUUCGUCCCGCUGCUUCCUGCAUCGCUGGAGCUCCGAGCUCAAUCAAAGCGGCAUGCAGGGACGGAACGAUUACAACACAAGAUUCCAACGACUGUAAGGUUUCACCCAAGGCUGCCGUUCAAGCUCGACCAUUAUUUGCUAGAUAUGACUGACAACUUGGGCUUCGGGAAGGAGAAACGGCGAGCAGGGAACUUGGAUGUGCUUGCUGGCAGACAGACCUUUCGGGACGGGUUCCGCGAAAUGUUGGAGAGCAUCGUGGCCAACGGAUACUCCUUCGAGGCGUGUCAAGACGAGCUGCGCAAAAACAUUAAGCUCGAUGCUGGAUUCAAGGACUUCCACACCUGGUGUAGGAGCAACGACAUUCCCGUCGUCAUCGUCUCCAGUGGGAUGGCGCCAAUUAUACGUGCUGUGUUGAGGAACAUCGUGGGUGAUGACGUUGCGGAUACCAUAGACAUCAUCGCCAACGAUGUCGAGGUCAAAGAGGACGGGACAUGGGCAAUCAAGUUCAGACACCCCAGCAGUGGAUAUGGACACGACAAGUCUAGGGCCAUUCUGCCGUACAAAGAGCUCGAAUCACCGCCAUUAUUGUUCUUCUUUGGCGAUGGUGUCUCCGACAUGUCCGCUGCUCGCCAUGCGGAUGUCCUCUUCGUGAAACAGAAGGAGGAUGGCGAGAACGACCUGGCUGUGUAUUGCACCAGGGAAGGAAUACCGCAUAUCCUAUUCGACGAUUUCCGCGACGCGUUGGUAGUAGUCCAGAGUGUAGUGUCUGGUGAACGUAGUCCAAAGGAGGUUUUAGAGAAAGGUAGAUGUUAG